AUGAAUAAGUUUACAAAGAUCGUCGGAAUCUAUUGUAACCGUCGCGAUCUAAUUCACUCUAUUCGAGAAAGUAUCGACCGAACGGAAAGACAACAUCAAGCAUUUAGAGUCUAUAAACAACACGGUGAAAAAGCCACACGUGAUUUAUCAAAGGAAUCAGCUGAAUUUAUUUGGUUUCAGUUAUUUAAAGAUGUAAUUCUAAGAAUGCCAAAAGAUGCUCAAGCUAAAGAACAAAUGGUUCAAUUCUGUCGUCAUUAUUACCACGAUAACAGCAGUCAGCUAUCGUUAAUUGAUGAGUUUCAACGAGACUAUGUCCCAAGCGAUGCAAUCGAAUGGUACACAAGAGAAUCGUUUGUCUAUAAGUUGGUGAACAAAGCUCUUAGAACAGAAGAUAUUGAACAACUCUAUACAUUUCGUUUUUUUAUCUCUGAUCUAUCGACACAGCUUGUUAUUGGGCACCAAAAGCUCAAAACUCAAGAAGAGUACAUUUUUCUCUACCGUGGCCUUCGAAUGCAACUUGACGAACUGUAUGUUUUCAGAGGACAUGAAGGUAGUCUCAUUGCCACAAAUGGUUAUCUGUCGACAACUCGUUCGAAAAAAGUAGCUAUGGAUUUUGCUAUGGAUAGCACGAAAGUACGAUCAAAUUUUGUCUCGGUUUUAUAUGAAAUUCAGUGCAACCUACAAGAGGCAAAAUCGAUAGCUUUGGCUGAUAUCAGUGCACUGAGUAUAUAUUCCAAUGAAGAAGAAAUUCUAUUCGAUAUUGGUGCUACAUUCAAAAUAGUGUCUGUAAAAGAAGAUAGAGAUCAAAAGCUAUGGAUCGUACAGCUGCGCACAACAGAUAAAGGCACAAUUCUUGCUCACGACUAUAUUGAACUCAAUAAAAAGGAAGGAGACUGUACACUUCUGUUCGGCAAACUCCUUACUAUGAUGGGAAAGUAUGAUCAAGCACUAAAGUACUUUCAAAAAUUUACUGAAAAAUCUACCAGAAGUUGGCACAGAGGUUGUGAAUGUCUACAAUAA